AUGGGUCUUCUACGCCCUGCGACGCCGCUGUCGAUCAUCCUUUUUGUUGCAUUUGUGCUCGUCCUCCUCUCCACCCUCUCCACGCCCAUCAUCCAUGCCAUACCCCUCGGCACUUUGCAAGGAUGGAACUUGGGCGUGUUCGGAUACUGCAAGGGCGACACGUGCUCGGGAUAUCAAAUAGGGUACAGCACAGACCAACUCUUUGCCAGCGAAGACUUCGACCUCCCCUCAGGCACGCGGCACAGUCUCUCCGCCAUUCUUAUUGUGCAUCCGAUCGCCGCCUUCUUCAUUCUGCUCUGCUUCUGCUUGGCGAUUGCGGCGCACUUCCACUCGCCUGCGCAUAGCCCUCGCUUCCUGCUCUUCUUGCUUAUACUGACCAUCCCGACCCUGCUGGUCACUUUGCUCGCCUUUCUGGUUGACAUCCUGCUCUUCGUCCCGCACAUGCAAUGGGCUGGCUGGAUUGUGCUCGCGGCUACCAUCCUCGUCAUAGCAGCCACCGUCGUAACUUGCGCCAUGCGCCGUACGCUCGUUAGCAGGAAAGCGCGCAAGAAGCGCAUUGAAGAGAAUGCUGAGAUGAAUGGCGCGAACUACUACGAUAACAUGGCCAAUCGCACCCAGUUAAUGCAGGACGAAUUGCCGCGAGCGGACAGUCCGCCUCCAAUGAGCGGCACGACUGCGGCGGACAAGGUCGGUGGCGUCACACAGUUCGCGACGUUUGAGAUGAAGCGGCCCGAGACGAAGAGUGAACAGAGCAACACGGACGGCACGAUGGUUGGAGGAGGCAUGAGCGGCUUCAAUGACGACAGACAGCCGCUGAAUCCGCAGAGGGACCCCAGCAUACGUUCAGCGAGUUCAGGUGGAGGCACGAGAAGGCCUUACGAUGCCGAGCACGCGCCACCGAUGCCUGGUAUGGGCCAUGAUGGCAGGCUUCCACCGCCGAGGCGAUCCGCAAGCCGAGACCAAUAUGGUAAUAUCAUUCCAGCGGCAGCAGCGGGUAUGGGCGCGGGAGCACUGGCCCAGGAACUCCGACACGAACGCUCACAAGGGUCUCUUGGCUCUCGCAACUCCAACAACAACUACCCGCCACGAGGUGGCAGAGGCGGUUACGGUCCUCCUGGUCGCGGUUAUGGUCCACCCAGAGGUGGGAUGGGGCCGCCGCGAGGCAGCUUUGGUCCCAGCAGAGGAGGCUACAGAGGCCAAGGCCCGCCUCCUCCGGGCUGGAGAGGCCGCGGUGGCCCUCCGCCUGGCAUGAUGAUGGGCAGAGGCGGUACGAGACCUGGUCCGCCUCCGCCUGGUUAUGCUUCGGAUCCAUACUACAACGGCCCACCGAGAUCACCAAGGGGACCGCCAAUGAUGGAUCAAGGUCAACCGCCGAUGCAGGACGAGUUUGUGGCCGGGCCCAUUGGGCAAGCGAUUGAGAUGGACGAGCGGACGGGAUCGCCUCCUGAUCCGAUCGGUUCUCAUGAGCAGAGAAACAUCGCUGCACCAGGACAGUACGGUCUCAGAGAUAACGACGCGGACGUGGCGGGUAUGGUUGGCUUGCAGCAAGACGGACGUCAGCCUAUGGGUGAUGGCGAUGGCAUGAGAACUCCGACGAGUGUUUACAGUGAACACACUUACGUCCCGCCUCGUUCGCAAUGGGCGCCUCCACUACCUGUGUCAACAAUGGACUUUGGUGCCGCUCAACCCACCGCAUCUAAUGCUGCGCCCUCAGCAGCUCUACCGCGCUCCCCGGUUGCACCGUCGCAACCCUCCCCUCGAUCUACCCGCCAUCAGCGCGCUGGCUCCGAGCCUUACUAUGAGGACGUAGACCCUCGUUUUGCAAUCGACCCUGCAAGUGACGUAGGCUCAGAUCGCGCAAGCGGCAUUCCUAACGCCCUGACGCCGGGAGGCUACGGUGCACCGCGGAUGCAGGAUCCCAACCUCCUCCAAGCUCCUCACACCUCGGGCGGCAUGCGGUCUAAUAUCCCGAGCUACGUUACUAACAGCGCUGUGGGAGACAGUGGAGAAGACGGGGUCAACCACAGCACCCCCUCCAGCGAAGCGCCUCAUGGGAUGCGCGGUGCAGCAGGUGCGGAAAGCUCAGACGACAACCUCCCGCCUGGUGCUAGGAGCCCAGGCGAGGGUAGCGAAGCGAGUCACUUCACCUCGGUUUCUCAACGACCAGUAAACCCCAACUGGAGGCCGGGACCUGGAAGUGCGUAUGGUCCUCCCGGCGGAGGCGCGGCCAGCUCAGCUUCGGCUGCGCAAAGGCGCAGAGAGGACGUAUUGUUGAAUGCAAACCCGGACUUCUCAUUGCCGGGUAUGUCAUUCACGAGGAAUGGCAGGGGUGGCAUGAGAGGAGGCCGGGGCGGUUCCGGCAUGACGAGAGUUGGGAGUCCGACGAUGGGCGCGAUGAGUAACGUUGGCUUGACGCCUGGCGGACGGUAUCCUACCGACAUCUAG